AUGAAAUGGACUGAAGAACACGAAUUGCUUAUGUUGAGGGAAUUGAUGCUUUUGCAGCCAUGGCUGCACAAGAAAGGAACUAGUGAGAGAGGAGAUGAUUGGGAAAAGCUGGCAGUAUCCUUAAAUGCUAUUCCUUAUCCCCAAUUCCGUGUUACUCAACGGUCUGUUCGUGACCACUAUUCAACAAUGGAAAAGAGAAGAAGGAAAAAAGUCAGGGAAGAAGACAGAGCCUCAGGUAUUGCCCCUGAAGAGGACAAGGAACUAGAUCAACUGUUAGAUGAAACCAUUGAACUCUUUGAUGAGUCUGACAAAAUCACAGAUCAAACAAAACAAAAGCAGGAAGAAGAAGCAAAGAAAGCAGAGGAAAUGCGGAAGAGAUCAUUGGAAACUUUUAAAGAUAGCGCCAAAAGGAAUGCCGAUGAACAGCAAGGAGCAAGACCGAAAAAGGGUAGAGCUAGUGGUGCAAGCACUCUGGCUUACCUGAAGGAUAGGGCAGAAGUAGAAGCUACUUUAAAACGUGAUGAAUUGGAGAUAAAAAGGCAAGAGUUAGCACUGCAAGCAAAGGAGCAGGAAGGAAGACAACAGCAGUUUGAUAUGAUGAACAAGCAAACUAGAGAUAUUCAGCAGCUUCAGCAGCAGCAAAUGCAGCAGUUUAUGCAAAUGAAUGCAAACAUGAUGCAACAGCACCAACAACAAACCCUUGCACUUAUGGAACUAAUGAAAAAGUUUGCUGGGAAGUGA